CAUCGUUUGUUUUACUCUCCCCGUGCUUGGCUGUUGUUGUUCCGUUGAUGGCGACGACGCAGGGGCAGCAGACGGCGAUUGACUCGGCGGUUCUGGACGAUAUAAUCCGACGGCUCACGGAGGUUCGGUUGGCUAGACCAGGGAAGCAAGUGCAGCUCUCGGAGGCUGAGAUCAAAGAGCUGUGCACUACAGCUAGAGACAUCUUUCUUCAGCAACCUAAUUUGCUUGAGCUUGAAGCACCCAUCAAAAUCUGUGGUGACAUACAUGGACAAUAUAGUGAUUUGCUGAGGCUGUUUGAGUACGGUGGCUUCCCUCCUAGCGCCAACUACCUCUUCCUUGGAGACUACGUGGACCGAGGCAAACAGAGUCUUGAAACCAUAUGUCUCUUACUAGCUUACAAGAUCAAAUACCCAGGGAACUUUUUUCUACUAAGGGGAAACCACGAGUGUGCUUCUAUCAACCGGAUAUAUGGAUUUUACGAUGAGUGUAAAAGGAGGUUCAAUGUGAGGGUAUGGAAGGUUUUCACAGACUGUUUCAACUGCCUUCCUGUUGCUGCGCUUAUAGAUGACAAAAUAUUGUGUAUGCACGGUGGACUUUCCCCGGAUCUCGACCAUUUGGAUGAGAUUAGAAGCUUGCCACGUCCAACUAUGAUUCCUGACACUGGGCUCCUCUGUGAUUUGCUCUGGUCUGAUCCUGGGAAAGAUGUUAAAGGAUGGGGGAUGAAUGAUAGAGGCGUUUCGUACACUUUUGGCCCGGAUAAAGUCUCUGAGUUUCUAACGAAACAUGAUCUAGACCUUGUGUGUCGUGCCCAUCAGGUGGUGGAAGAUGGUUAUGAGUUCUUUGCUGAUAGACAGCUAGUGACGGUGUUUUCAGCUCCUAACUACUGUGGUGAAUUUGAUAAUGCUGGUGCGAUGAUGAGCGUGGAUGAGAACCUUAUGUGCUCGUUUCAGAUUUUGAAGCCUGCGGAGAAGAAGACCAAGUUCAUGAUGUCCACAAAGAUUUGAAUCGUUUCAUUGAAGAUGGACGUGGUCUUGCUCAGAGAAAUUGAUUCAAACCGUUGGAGACUAGGCUUUAAAGUGUGUGCCUUAGUCUUUUAUAAUCCGUCUUCCCAACUUCAUUUUCUGCAUUUUUUGUUCCUUAUCUUCUUUUAAGGGGUUUCCAUGAUGUUCAUCUGCCUGUUGAAGGCACAUAGUUCGUGUGUGUACAUGCGUGUGGUGGUCUCUUGGAUUGGAUUUUAGGACACCAAAUGAAAUGGUGAUUAUAACAAAAAAAAAAGUUUAGUGAGCUGA